UUCAAUUUCUUCUAUCACUCAUCACCUGUGCAACUAAAAACGUAAUCGCAUCUCCAAUUUUUCACUUGAUCUCUAUCCUACCCACUCCGAACCUCGCGAGGGAAAUUAUAUUUCUUCUUUCUCGCAUUAUAUUCGGCAAGCUUCCAGAAAACCGCCAAAGCACAAACAAAACGGAGCAAUUCAAUAUUAUCAGUCCCGAAGAUUCACGGGUUCAAGAAUCAAGAGUAAAGCUCGAAGCAUUAUCAGUUUCAGCAUAUCUACCGAACUUGGAUUUACAUAAAAAGUUGGCAAGAAUCCACAUCUGGUGAAUUGUCCUACAGAUGGGCUUGUUGAUGUAGUUUUGUAUGAUGUCACUAUGGCCCUUUUCAGGCAGACUAGUGAACUGUUACCGGAAAGAAGAGACAAUGCUGGUUCAGUUAUUUGGUCCUAUGAACGAAAUGAGUACGGUUCAAGAGCCCGACGAGGGAGAAGGUUUGGUUAUGCUAUCAGAAGGAGGCUUUCAUUUUGGAUGUUUUUGCUCGUGCUGCUUUUCUUGAUAUAUAUGUCAAUCUUUGGCAAAAAUUUGCCAUUAAAUGGUAAAUUUGAGAGUGAAACUUCACCCCAAAGGGAUAUACAUCAAGGAACUUCAGGACAGUACAGUUUAGAACCGCCAAGCAAACAUCGUAAGCAACAUUUUCCUUGUGAUGUUGGGUUUGUGGAGUCGGUGGAUGAACUAGUGGAGCCCAAGGAGUACAUGAAUUUUUCUCAGUUCACCCUAGGAUAUCUAGAAAGAGAGGACAUAACUUACGGGGAUCAUAAGUUUGAACCCAGAUUUGGAGGACAUCAGACCCUUGAAGAAAGAGAGAAUUCCUUUUAUGCAAAAAAUCACACAGUUCAUUGUGGUUUUGUUAGAGGACCAGAGGGAUCUCUGAGCUCUGGAUUUGAUUUAUAUGAAAAGGAUAAGGAGUACAUGAAUACCUGCCGCAUUGUGGUAUCAUCAUGCAUUUUUGGAAGCUUUGAUUUUUUGAGGAGACCAACAAGCAGAAAGAUCGGCGACUAUUCAAAGCAGAAUGUUUGUUUUGUUAUGUUUUUGGAUGAGCAAACUAUGGCAAAACUUUCUUUGGAAGGGCAUGUUCCUAAUGAUGAUGGAUACAUUGGCUUAUGGAGAAUAGUUAUAGUCAGGAACUUACCCUACACAGACAUGCGGAGAACCGGAAAGGUGCCAAAGUUUUUGUCACACCGACUCUUCCCAUCUGCUAGGUAUUCUAUUUGGCUUGAUAGCAAAAUGCGACUUCAAACUGAUCCAAUGCAGAUUCUUGAGUACUUUUUGUGGCGAAAGGGAUCAGAGUAUGCUAUUUCAAACCAUUAUGAUCGCCACUGUGUUUGGGAGGAGGUACUCCAAAACAAGCGUCUAAAUAAAUACAAUCACACGGCUAUCGAUGAACAGUUUAUUUUCUACCAGUCUGAUGGUCUGACCAAGUUUGACCCAUCAGACCCAGAUAUCCCUCUUCCAAGUUAUGUACCUGAAGGUUCCUUUAUCGUGAGGGCACAUUCACCAAUGUCAAAUUUAUUUUCCUGCCUUUGGUUCAAUGAAGUUGAUCGUUUCACCUCUCGUGAUCAACUGAGCUUCGCAUAUACUUACUUGAAAUUGAGAAGAAUGAACCCAGAUAAAACAUUUUUUUUGAACAUGUUCAAGGAUUGUGAACGUAGAGCACUAGUAAAGUUAUUCCGGCAUAGGGCAGCAUUGGAUCCUCCACCUCAUCUUUGAUGAUCAUUCAAGAUUGUUUUGGCAUUCAAGGCUUCAAGCCCAGUAUGGAGGUUGAGGAAGUCCUUCCAGCUUGGUUGGUGCAAAUCAUCAUUACUAGCUCUGGCUUUCAGUUUGAGGACACAGGUUCGAGAAUGAGGAUAGAUACUUUGUGCGGUUCCUGGGACCUGUUCAAAGGGGAACUUGAACUGCCUACAAAUGCCAGUGAUAUCGAAGAAUUUCCUGUUUUGGACACUCCAUACACAAAUUUGUACAUUCUCCUGAUCAGAUUAGUUGUAUAUCCAAGUUUAAGUAGUUUUUAGCUGUGUUAAACUUAAAUUCAGUGAGGUGGGUUGAUUCUUUGCCUAGCUGCUGCUGCGAAGAAGGCUUCUUGGUUACUUUUCAUGAUCAGGAAACCUUUGAUGCUAGAGGGAGCAAACAAGCUGGUAGCAUUUUUUUGCAACAGCAAUUAGCUUCUGCAUUUUUUUUUUGGCUGUACUUGGGCCACAAUCUGUUGUACUAUUGGCAAGUCCAGAAUGUUUGAAUGGUAUCAUAAACCUUUAUAUAUUUUUAUUUUUAUGUUAUUUAUUAUUAUUAUUUUUAA